UCGCUACAAAGCUGCACUUCCGCGUUGAGUUCCGUGUUCACUCGCGAUUGGCAGCCCAAAGAGUGGCGAAACGAGCAAUGGACGAACUCUCAUAGUUGAGGAAACAUGUCGCUUGUGUUCAUUGGAGCUUGAGCAUCUUUGCGGAGGUCGUCCAUGUGCUGGGAGGUGAAAAGCCGGCUACUGAGACGCACGGUCAAAGGCUGGCUAGCUAGCCUGUGCUAGCUGCUACAAAGAUGGACUUUGUGUGUGAAAUGAUGCCGGCUUUGGUCGCACUGACUCUUCUGGCUCUCAUCGCGGUGACCGUCACAGCGCACGUCACAGCCGGGACGGUCGACCUGACUCGUCACAGCCAGGAGAAAUGCUUCCUCGGCGCCUCGGGAGCCAAAGAGUUUUUCCCCAGUCUGCACGAGCCGUCCUCCGUGGAACUCUCCGUGGUCAUCCCGGCGUACAACGAGGAGCUCCGCAUGCCCGUGAUGUUGGAGGAGGCCACGGAGUAUUUGGAAGACAGGCGGAGAAAACAAGCUGCUUUCACCUAUGAGGUCAUCGUGGUGGACGAUGGCAGCAAAGACAAAACCACAGAGGUGGCGUCACGCUACACCAAGAAGUACGGCGCUGACAAAGUCCGUGUUCUGACACUGGUGAAGAACCGCGGCAAAGGCGGCGCCGUGCGGAUGGGAACUCUGAGCUGCAGGGGACGCCUCAUUCUGAUGGCGGACGCGGACGGAGCGACAAAGUUCUCAGAUGUUGAGAAGUUGGAGGCGGGGCUUAAGGAGAUUAGUCCUAAACCGGACAACAUGGCCAUCUCCUGCGGCUCCAGAGCUCACCUGGAGCAGGAGGCCGUCGCCCAGCGCUCCGUGUUCCGCACCUUCCUGAUGUACGGCUUCCACUUCCUGGUGUGGUUCUUCUGCGUGCGCGGCAUCCGCGACACGCAGUGCGGGUUCAAGCUAUUCACGCGCCAGGCGGCGCUCAGGACCUUCUCCUCGCUGCACGUGGAGCGCUGGGCUUUCGACGUGGAGCUGCUGUACAUCGCUCAGCGCCUCCACAUCCCCCUCGCUGAGGUGGCCGUCAACUGGACCGAGGUGGAAGGAUCCAAGCUGGUCCCGUUUUGGAGCUGGCUCCAGAUGGGCCGCGACCUGGUCUUCAUCCGCCUGCGCUACCUGACGGGAGCCUGGACGCUCGGCUCGCCGCUCAAGGCUGAGUAGUCGCUCCACAGGGGGGCGCUCUCUGCUUACUUUACCCAUAAAGUUUGUUACUAAAAAAAGAUUAAAUUGACCCGAACAGCAAACAUGUUUGCUAAUAUUUGGAUCAAAAAAACAACAGAAUAUUGAUAAUAAAAACAAAAACUGCUUUUAUUGUGUCAGGUAAGUACUUUUUUUUUAGGGCAACUUCCGGUCUGAACUACGCCCACUUCAUUAGGUACACCUGCCGGAACUACUUCGACAAAAUCGUGUUUCUGAUGAGUUGUUGCUGUGACAAUAUAGCGCACUACUUUGUGGGCGUUAUGCACGUUUCUCCCGCGGCGGGUCUGGUCUGGGAGGAGGAGGAAGAGGAGGAAGAGGAGGAGGACGCUGCUGACGUUCGGCGGCAGUUGCUGUUAAAGUGAAAAUGUCAAACUCGCAGACUGACUGUCGCCAGCAGGAUUGCGUCAUUAACCGGACCUGACGCGCCACUCCCGCCCGUGUAUCCCUCCGCCGCCAACCACUUCAAGGUAAAGUAAACAAUGGAUGAAUGCCGACAUAAGAGGGACAAGCGGUAGGAAAAUGGGAUGGAUGGAGUAUUGUUGUUCACUUUGAACUUUCACAUAAAGAUAAAAGAAAAAGAAACGAUGAUUU